AUGAUCUCUGUUGUCUGCGUCCUGUUCUUGUCGCUAUUGGUCACCGCCGAUGAAGUGUCGCUCCGAGGAAACAACAACCUCGGAGCUCCGUCGGUUCUUCACCAGCGCAAUCUCGUUGCCUCUGCUUUCACUGGAGUCGGCUCGCCGCUUUCUCCUCCGAGAUUCAACAAUAUUGGAGGCCUCGGACAGGUCCAAUUUGGAGCCACUGCGUUGCUUGCCAAGAAAACUGGGAAUCGACUACUCAUUGGCAGUCCUUCCUACGAUUUCAGCACGGCUUCCAGCGAGUCAUCAACAGCCGCUGACAACACAGACGGUGGUGCUUUGUUUCUCUACGAGUUGAACUCUUCAGAAGAUUGGGAACGAAUUUGGUUUUUUCAUGGGCAGGAAAACGAAGGGCUUGGAUCCUUUUGCUCAAUCAACGAAGAUGGCAGCCGUGUGGCCUUCCGACGUCUCUACGAAAAUCCCCACCCCGUUCAAGUCGUCGAUGUUCCUUCGGGAAUUCAAGUCGGUUCCGAUGUUUCUUGCGCGGGUGACAUUCCCGGGGAAGUCAUGGCAUUGUCCGCAAGCGGUAGUCGACUAGCAAUCACUUGCAGAACACGAUCUGGCCGCGUUGAAAUUUUUGAAUUUGAUGAAGGCGUGAACGAAUGGCAACCGAUUGGCCAGUUGAAUGGGCUUGCUGUUGGCGACUUGUUUGGUUUCGCUUUGAGUUGGUCACAGGAUGCAACCCGGCUUGCCGUGACGUCCCCCAAUCACGACGGAACUGGAAUGCCCAACAAGGGCAUUCUGCAAGUUUUCGAGUACCUCGGCCAAAGCAAGUGGAGCCAACUUGGAAACACUGUCUCAGGGAAAGUUGCCUUUGACCAGCUUGGAUUCUCCGUCGAUUUGAAUGCCGAUGGUUCAGUUGUCGUCGUUUCCGCUCCUGGUAGCUCGCCAGGCAAUAAACCCUUGGCUGGAUGUCUGCAAGUGCUGGACUUUGAUGGAACGGAAUGGGUCGAAGACGGACCAGUCAUUUGUGGCCAAGCCCCCUCGGAUCGAUUUGGAAGGUCGGUCUCGCUUGCAGCCGACGGUCAGCGCCUUGCGGGCUCCUCUUGGCUUCACAAUGGCGCCAAGGGUCGAGUGGCUGUAUUUGAGCGCCUUUCAGGAAAAUGGGCGGAGUUGGCAUCUUUGGAGGGCAAAGCAAAUGGGGAUCGCAUGGGCUUUGGGAGAAGCAGUGUCAGCCUGGCCCUCAAUGGUGCUCGUCUAAGCGCCGGAGCCACAUGGACAAGAAGCGCAGCAGGAGUUUCUAUUGGGGAGGUUGUCGUGGUUGAUCUUCACCCAACAACCGAGAGCCCGUCGUCUCUGCCGAGCACUACUCCUACCUAUGUUUCGCAUACAGGCGACCCAACCGCUGCACCAAGCCGAAGCGACGACCAGAUGCUUGAAUUACUGAGUCCGAGUACUGUCCUGAUCCUUGAUCCCAUACAGACACUAACGCCAAGUGGAAGUCCUUCAAUUGACCUCUCAACACGGACUCCUUCAAAUCAUCCCAGUGAUGGUUUCCUGACAAGCAACCCAACAGGUAGUGCAAGGAUCUCGAGCUUCCCGACGAGCACUACAAGCAAACAGCCUUCGUGGAGCCCAUCCAAUGAUCCUACCGGUACCAGCCCGCCAAACUUGCUUCCCACAGAAGAGCCUACUGGAAAUCCCUCAACCUUGCCAAGCUUUGAACCUUCAUCCAGUCCCUCGGAUGAUCCAAGCAUUUCACCGAGCAAACAGCCUUCGUGGAGCCCAUCCAAUGAUCCUACCGAUACCAGCCCGCCAAGCUUGCUUCCCACAGAAGAGCCUACUGGAAAUCCCUCAACCUUGCCAAGCUUUGAACCUUCAUCCAGUCCCUCGGAUGAUCCAAGCAUUUCACCGAGCAAACAGCCUUCAUUGAGCCCAUCCAAUGAUCCUAGCCCACCAAGCUUGCUUCCCACGGGAGAGCCUACCGGUACUGGAAAUCCCCCAACCUUGCCAAGCUCUCAAGUUUCAUCCAGUCCCUCGGAUGAUCCAAGCAUUUCACCGAGCAGUAUUCCAAGUGAGCCACCCAGUCGUAGCCCAAGUCAACAGCCUUCGCCAAACCCUACGAACGCUCCAAGCGACCAACCUUCGUUGAGCGCACUUGAUACCACCGGUACCGGAAGCGUCCUACCGUCAUCGACUCCGUCAAAUGUUCUACACACCCAGCUUGAAAUGGGCACCCCCUCAAUUGGCAACCCAAGAGUCCAACCUUCGGCAGGCCCCUCAGCUGGACCAAGCAGCUCACCUAGUCUCCCUCCCAGCUCAGUUCCCAGUCUUUUUCCGAGCACACCACAGCCGUCAGCGCUUGUUGUGGCGAGCCAAAGUCCUUCAGUCGAGCCAUCUUCCAGGCCAACGGGCAGCACUACGAAGGAGACCUCAGUUGGUCUCAACAUCUCUACUGUGUUUCCCACUGUGUUUCCCAGCGCAGAAAUCAAUGUGGAAGGUCAGGUAGAGGAGGUGGACGAGGCAGAAGACGCGAUCAUGGACUACACUAUCACAUCCUGUCACUGCGACGAUUCAUUCAACUGCACAACCGAUGCUGUGGAUCGCUUGUUCUCCAGUUUCAAUGUCUGUGUUACAACCAAUGAGACUGGGGUUUCGAUCGUUGAGAUUAGCCAACUGUUCUUCUUUUCCGCAUCGAGCAACAUGAGGCUUGACGCCAUCAUCAAUGGAACCAUCACUGAGCUCACCACAAAGAAGCUUCAAUCAGAGGACAAUGCACAGAAAGCUGUUGUCCAGACAAGUCUCAUUAGUGCUUUAUUUGACGACGAGGAUCCAUCAACGAUUGAAGUGUCAGGGAUGUGCAUCAUCAUGGUCAAUGGCGAUAGUGAGCAGCGCCUCCUGCAAGUUCCUGUUUCUUCCCGCGGCCUGGAAUCCAACGAAGAAGGAACACAGGCAGUUGCCUUUUCCUUUGAGAUGGAGAUUGAGGCCCAAACCCCCGUCAGUGUGGCCACCAUGAAUGGUCUUAUCUGGCCAUGGCUGGCUUCAGUUGUGGUCUCGGUUUUCGUUUUGUGCUGA